UGAGGAAAUGCUGUGGGAACUACAGCCAGGAGCCUUUUUUUUUUUUCUUCUUCUCCUCUCUUCUCCCCUCGUGUAGCUGAGAGGAAGGAAAGGAAGAAGGAGAAGUAGCGAGCUCAAAUGUGCCUCGCUCUGCUGCCGGGGCACGGGGGCUCGGCUGGAAGGAUCUAGUUUCUCUUAGGUGGCAGGAAAAAGGAGCCCGAGGAGGAGGCAGAGCCGGACACCCAGACAUGCCCGUCCCGUCAGGCUGCUGGCUCCUUCUCCUCGGCCUGGCUGCUGCUGGCAAACAGUUGUCACUACAAAUCACCCUGCCGUGUGAAGGCGAACAACACUAUGAGUACUCAGGACGGUGCUGCACAAAGUGUGAGCCAGGAAAGUAUAUGUCUGCUAGAUGCACAGGUACUUCUGAUAGUGUGUGCCAGCCAUGUGGACCAAACGAGUAUAUGGAUGUCUGGAAUGAAGAAGAGAAAUGCUUACUACAUAAAAUAUGUGAUCAAGGGAAAGCUUUGAGAGAAGUGAAUCCAGGGAACAGCACGUCCCAGCGGCAAUGUGCUUGUACGAUGGGCUACCACUGGAACGAAGACUGCGACUGCUGUCAGCGCAACACCGUGUGCGCACCAGGAUUUGGAGUUGAGCAUCCUGUGCAACAAGACAAGGACACAAUGUGUACACCAUGUCCCAGAGGCUACUUCUCAAAUGUCGCUUCAUCCACCGACAAGUGUAAAUCCUGGACCAACUGUACAGCUCUAGGAAUGACAGAAAGUGUGCCUGGGACUGACAAGUCAGAUGCAGUUUGUGGAGAAGGGAAGAUUCCUGAGCCAUCAGAAGAUGGAGCAAACAGAAUCUUAUACGUGUUGAUUGUCAUCUUGUUUUUUGUGGCACUAAUUGGCAUUGUCAUCUUCAUCAUAUACUACAAGAAUAAGGGAAAAAAGCUGACAGCAGAUCUACAGAAUUGGGCUAAUGAAGUGUGCAGCCAAAUAAAAGGAACAAAGGAGCCACCAAGGGAUGCGUUUGUUACUAUGAACACCACGAAUGCUGCUGUCCCUCAGACAUCUGAAGGCAUGUGUCUCCUGGGCCCUGCUGGCUCUCCAGCCCCUGGAAACUUGUGCUGCACCAGCGGCCAGACUCCUUGCGGGAACGGGAGCCCUGGCCUGGUGCCAUGCGAGGUGGGAGGGAGCUUCCAAGAGUUUUCUGUGGUAACUGAGACUGAUGAUAACUUCCCACCGGUUCCCACGGAAGAUGAAUACAUGGAUAAGGAUCUCAACACCAUUGAUUAUUUAUCUUUACUGAGUCAAACUGCCAGUAAAACUGUGUCGUCAUUUUCAGAACCAAUGGAGACAGGGGAGAAUGACAGCUUAAAUCAGUACUUCUCAGGGAUUGGGAGCUCAGAGGAUGUAUCAGUCUCUCAAAGCUCUUACCCUUCCUCCAGCACGGUUGGGCCACACAUUGUCACAGACAAACUUCUUCAGAAAUCUUGCCAGUGUGCCCACAGUUGCCUGAAGGAGACAGGCAACAAAGACACAGAUAGUUUUGCAACAAACUAUGACUCAGAGAAGAUCUGUGUGAGGUGUGGCAUUUCAUACAGGGAAUCUCCCAGAAAGUGGAGCAAGCCCUGUUGUCCUGCAGCUGACUGUGCCUCCACCUCCCCAGAAACUGGAUCCUGUGCACAGUGCACCUGUGGCUUGAAUUUUCUCUCUGCUGGUCAGAGCACUCUAGCGAGCGAUCAUGGUAUGGAAGAUGCAUCUUCGGAUAGUGGCAACAUGAAGUACCAGAACACAAGCAGAAGCACUUCAGGGACAAACAGCAACAGUUCAGACCUCCCUCCAGCAUCUGGAAAUGUGACUGGAAACAGUAACUCCACCUUUAUCUCAAGUGGACAAGUAAUGAAUUUCAAGGGCGACAUCAUUGUUGUCUACCUUAGCCAGAACUCCCAGGAGGGGGCAACGGCCUCAGGGCCGAGCGAGGAGAACGUGGGCAGCCCGGUGCAGGAGGAGAACCUCAGCCGCUGCGAGACCUUUGCCGGCAACGCCCAGCACUACAAGGAGAAGUGUGCCGAGCUGCAGGGCGCCUGCCCGGCCGCCGGGACUGGGCGGCCAUGGCCUCCUGCCAGACCCCUGGCCCAGGAACAGGGCCUGCCCCGCCGUGACCGGGCCCUACAGCCCGUGCAGGAGGAGGGGAAGUUGGGACAUUCCUCCGAGAAGGUCUUGAACUGAGGCGAGCGGGUGUCCUUGCUGCGGGACGGGGCGCUGGCCGGGCAGCCCGCCAGAGGGUGUUGGGGCUGCUGCGGGGCUGCCCACAUCUCGGGUGUUGGGGCAGAUUCAGAGACUGUUGCUGCCUCUGGUGUCUCCUGGGAAAUUUUACAGCUCGAAGGGACCCUUGUGGUGCACGUGGUGGUGGUCUCGCUGGGGGUGUUGCCAGUGGGGACCGGUGCAGGCGUGAAGCCGGGCGUGCUGCCCCUGUUGCAGGGGCGGUGACAGGGCUUGCCCGUCUCCCUGGUGGGGCAGUGGGCUUCCCCACCUGCCCACCACCCCCUCCUCUGCCCCUGGCAGCUCUCCCUGGCCAGGCAGCAGAGCUGAGGAGAUCCUUCAGGCCAGCGACUUUGCAAGGAGGAGAGCAGCAUUGCUGGCCGUGUGCACUGGGUGCUGCCCAGAGAGGGGACGACAAGGUGGAGGACCGCACUGAAAGGAGCCCCUGAGAUCCGCCUUGGGGUUUUCUUUUUGCAACUAAGCUGCACCCAUUUUGCUGUUUGGCUGGGUCUUGGGCCUCCUCAAAGCCUCUGGUGGUGGAAGGAAGCAUUGGCCACCUCUGCCUCUGAGCCUAGUGCUGCUGCCCACCUUCGCCUCUGCAUGGGGAUGGUGCUAUCAGCCCUUCCCUCCUUUCCCCAAGACUGCAGAUGCUCCAGACUCAAAUCAGAGCCAGGAUCCUGUUCUCUCCCUUAUUAUCUUGUGGGUGUGAAUAGGUGUAACAGUGCCCCAUGUGCAUGGCAACAGGCAAAAUAGAGCUGAUAUGCCUUACAAGCAUAUUUGAUUAAUCCUGAGCGAAGAGCAUUUACAGUUUUGAACCCUAAUUCACCUCUGCUUUAUUGCACCUCACCAAAGGAAUUCAGAUCUCUGAAGAUAAGAGGGAUACGUGCCCAGCACGCUGCUGUAUGAAUAAUGUCACUGAAGUUUAAGACACAGAGAUACUAGCAGGUGGAGGAAGGGUCUACAAUAACCAGUUGUGGACAUUACAUGAGUGACAGGAGAGGGAGGAAUUACUCAAAGAUGGAGAAUUUGGUCAUGGUCAAACACAUUCUUUCACCUGCCCAAACAAUUUUGUCAUUCCCUCUGAUAUUUCUGUUAGUAAACAGAGUUUUAUGUAAGCAGCAUGAAACUAUUUCCAAAGCUUGGCCUGUCUGAGCUGAAAUCAGAGUGUAGCCACUGUCAAACUGAGAGUUGAUAAGCAAUGGGACCAAAAGGUUGGAUUUAAAGAAUAAUAGUAGUUGUAGUUAGAAGGGAACCUCAGAUACUCAAUUGCCUUAAGUUCAGGUCCUGUAUCCUGCAGCCUCCUCUGGCAGCCACUUUGGAGAGAGAGGUGAAGAGAAUAGUGACUCAAGGAGAUCCCAAGAGGAAAAGAUGAUAUUUUUAAUGAUUUCUCGACAAGGGAUAAUUUUCUGGCACGUGAGCACUGCAGGAGGCUGCUGUCUUCAGUCUGAGCUUACAGGAAGGCCAGUCCUGUUUCCUGUCAGACAGCAAAGGGAUCUCUUAUCUAGUGUGAUCUCAUCUGCCCUGACUGAAAACGUCUGUGAUAACGAGGGCUCCUCUUUGAGGAGGGUUUAAAGCCAAGGGGUUCACUGCAUAGCUGCUCUGUUUGCAGUAGUACUGCUCUGUGGGUGAAGAGCACCUAUAAAGCUGGCAAAGCCACCACUGUGUCAGUGUGACCUGGUCCAUAAAACAAAAGGACAGGCUUAGCCACCUUCACCUCUCAGGAGAACGAUUCUGCAUUAUUUAUAUGUCUGGCAUACAAAGUUCAGCACAGAUUUACAAGACUCUCUCUUGAGUGGCUGGUAAAAAUUAUGCAGGAACAACCAGUUUCUUUUUCACGUCUGCAUGGCCUUCAGAAAAUUGGACCAUCCUAGCCUAGACUCAGCCAGGUAGGUAGGUUGUCCCAUUCAGUGAUGGCCCAAGUUACUUCUGCUUCUUUGAAGGGGUGUAACCGAGGCUCUCUCUCUCAUCUGUGGUAUUCUUUUGUGUUUCCUGCUGGAUCCUUUAACAACAACCUCAUUCUAGCCUCUUCUGGCCUAAUUGUGUAUCCCCUAGGCAUUGCUGCAGUAGGGACAAGGAAACAGAGCCUCCAUCGUGUUCAUGCAAGGUGGUGCAGAUAUUUUCCCACUUCAUUUUUUGAGUCAUACUUUCCUGGAAGGCAUUCCAUCAGCCUCACUUACAGGGCAGGAGGGACUGAAUUAAUGUGUUCAGCUCUAGGUAAACUACCUGUCUGCAGGUCUGUCUCCUCCUCUUUUCUACCUCUGCAGCUUCUUUCUUCCCUUGGCUUGAUUCUGCCACCAGAAAGCAGGCUCAAAAUCCUGAUUUCAGAGAAGACAAUGGGAAGUUUACUACCUGUCCUCAGUGAGGACACAUUUUUCAUUCACUGAACCACAAGAUCCUGAGCAAGGAUUGAAACUAGGAUCAUCAGCAAGCAUGAAGAAAUGGGUCAUAGUGAUCUCCACCCUUUGCCUCUCCUUUAUGUGAAAUGCACCAACAGAUCAGAUUCUUUUUCUUCCUUCAGAGUCUAUCCAAAAGUGAAGAAGCCAUAUCACACUCAUCAGCAUGCUGCACAUUCCCCAGGCCUCUGCCUGGCUGCUUAGACGUGGACCCCAAAGGAACUUACUUAUGCUCAUGAUUUCAUUUGUCAGUGGUUUGAAGGUGGGGCUGUUCUUUAACAUCUGUUUGUACAAUGGGGCCCGAAGCAUAGGGCACUAUUUUGGAGGCUUCUGGCUGCUAUUGUAAUACACAUAAUUAAUGAGAAUAAAAAUCUUAAGGAUC